CUCGGGAUCAGGAGAUAUGGGCCCCGCCCUGGUAUCCAGGAGGGUCAGGGAGUGGCAAACUUAAGCCUUAAGCCGCAGUGCACAAGCUUUUGGGGCGCAAUACAAGACAAAGCACGAGAUUUUUAUCGGCUCAGGUGCUUGUAUAUGAAGCCUGAGGAGAGGUACAUUUAAAGCCAAGGCAGGCGCGGUGCCAAUUGGUGCACCUGGAUAAGAGGCAAGCAGCGACCGACCUCCAAGGAUCAAGAACUUGAAGGAGUUGAGGGCCUCGAAGAAUCGACGUGUGCAUCCAGAAAGGUAUGGAGCUGCUGGCGGGCGCGCAAGACGGCCUGAACAUAGAGCAAGAGUAUGUCAACACCAUGCGCACGCAGUCUAACAUGCGCUUCCUAUCAAACAAGGAAGGGAUGGAAGCCCUUCUUCAACCUCAGCAAGAGCUCAUCCUCCCGAUGCUUCACAAUAUGAGGCGGAAAAAAUCUGCCGACAUUGAGCUCGCAAUGGCUGGUUACUUUGAUGCCAGUGCUGAGGCCUCCGAGAUCUGCAAGCAGCUGCUGAUGAACAUCAAGAACACCCAAAGCAACUACCAAUCAAUGGACAGCUUCCUUGCAAGCAUAGGCUGUAGUACUACUGCCACUAGUAGCACCUCCCUUGCACUGGAAACAUUCCCUGUUAGAAGCAACCCUUUCAGCACCACCACAAGAAGCAAUUUCAGACAGAUUCAUGACAGGUACUCCUCCGUGCUCCAGACCAUCAAAUCAAGUCACAAGAAAGUGGCAAAGAAGCUCAAGAUAGUGAAAAUCAUCAAGAAGCUCUCAAGGAGUUGCCUUGUCAUUGCUGGUGGUGCGGUUGCCAUCGGGAUUGCAGCACACCUGCUGGUCUUUAGCCUUCUGGUUGGGUCUGCGCUCAUGGGGCUCUGCCCUAUUGCGCUCAAGAGGAGGGUCACAAGGCUGAAACGUUCCAAGACAGAGUCUUUGCAGCAGUUGCAGGAGCAACUCGAUACUGCCGCAAAGGGCACAUAUGUUCUUGGCAGGGACUUCGACACGGUGAGUCACCUUGCUGUGCGCCUCUCUGACGGUAUUGAGCGGGAGAAUGCAAUGGCAACAUAUUGCAUGGAGAUGGUGGAUGAGAAGUAUCCAGUGCAGGAGAUGGUGAUGGAGCUGAGGAGGAGUUGUUCUAGCUCUAGGAGAUUGGCCAUGGAGCUAGAAGAGCAUGUGGGCCUGUGCCUUGCUACAAUCCAUAGAGCUAGAGUUUUGGUGAUCAAAGAGAUCUCCAAGCAAGCAUGAAUACAGUUGCCUGUUUAGUUAGUGUGGUGUGGACAUUAAGCACCUGUUCGGACUGUCUCCGCUCUCUAACUCCGCUCCGGAGCGGAGCAGCAUUCAGUUCAAAUUUGGGGAGUGGCUGAAAGGGCGCUCCGCCUGCUCCGCUCCGUAGAGGGUUACCGAACAGGUCUUAAGUUUAGGAAUACUUCAUAAAUGUUUAUAUUUUUGUCAGAUCGUGCAGGGAAUUUGCAAUUCAAUACAUUAGCAUAGAAAAUUAGGACAAUUAGGAAAAUUAGCAUAGAAAGAAAAGGAAAAAAAAAACAAAAUAAAUGGUUGGUUUGUGAGAGUUUGAGCAAAACUAGGAAUAUCAACUGCAAUUUCUUGCAGAGAAAUUGAUGCUUU